CAGGUUUCUUUCUUUUUAUAGGUUUCAACAUAACCCAUGAGUUUGGACCUCCGCUCUCUUACUUGUCUGUCUUAUCUGGCUGUAUUCAUAACUUACAUUGGUUUCUAUCCAGCUUCCAUGCUCAGUAAAGCAGAUGGUCUGCUUUGUCUCCCUUCUACUUUGGGAUUUCACUGGUACCUUUUUUUAGACUUUCCGAAGGGAAGUGGGGGAGCAUUCCUCUUGAUCAGUUAAUGUAAUCUGAUUUGUUAUAACAGAUGUGAAAUGCUAUCACUGGACUCCAAAGGUGCUGUACAUAACCCACAAAUCUGUUGUCAAGGAUAUUCUGGAGGUGGGAGGGGUGCGUGCAUUUUCUCCAGCCACACACACCCCAAGUGUCUUGUUGGGCAGGGGAAAGGUAAAAAGUCUUGUAUUCAAUUAAUUUGCCACAUUCCACAGUGCCAUAGUUCCUGUACAAUGUACUAGGAAAAGAAGUGAUCAUUAGGAAAAAAAGGGAAGCCCUCAUCAAAGGGAGGGGAACAGCCACAAUUCACGGGUAAGCAAACCUUUCUGGUAUUAAUUACAUUUCACAACCUUCAUUUCUGUUCCAGACCACUUUGCUUAUUUCUUUUUGAUUAUUCUUCCAUUGUCAACUCCGCGCAGUGACAUCGACUGAUGCAUGCAGAGGCUGUAAGGAUAUUUUGAGUCUUGAUUUAAGAGCUUGCCAAUCUGUUAAGACAACUACAAAUUUAAUUUUUUGAGACUUUGCAUUAGAGAGAUCUGGUUUCUGUUACCAGAGCCAACCCAUUGGAUCUGCAUGAACGUCAGAUAGCUUGUAACGAAGGAGAAGCUGCUUUUGUGACUGAGAUCUUUUUUUUUAACUGCUGGAUUUUUUUUCUGGACUGUUUCCAACAUGAAAUGGGACUUCACAAGGCAGAUUUUUCAAACCCAGCAGGUUAAAUACUUGCUGCAGUGUCCAGUGGUAGCAUUUCAUGCAAUGUAAAGCAAUUCAGCAUUUUAGUCUCAUGAGGACUGAACGGUAUACAGCCUGUAAUGGCCUAAUCCUGAAGCAUUGAGCUGCUAUCCCAUUGAAGUCAUUAAGAGUUCUGGGUGCUGAGUUUCUCUCUUGGGAUUGGGCCUUAGUCGCUGCAUGUAUAGUGCAGGUAGGAUGAGAACUGUCCAUCAUGGGCUCUGGACCAAUUGAUCCUCAUGAGCUCCUAAAAGGAUUAGAUUGCUUCUUGGGGAGAGAUGGAGAAGUCAAAAAUACAGAAGGAGUCACCAAGAUUUUCAACUUCAUGAAAGACGCCCAGAAAAUGGUCAGUCGCUGCAUCUACCUGAACAUCCUGUUGCAGACCCGGGCGCAAGACAUCCUGGCGAAGUUCAUCCGGGUUGGGGGUUACAAACUUCUCAACACUUGGCUCACCAGCUCCAAGGCAUCCAGCAAUGUGCCCCUGCUGCAGCAGAUCCUGCUCACGCUACAGCACCUGCCCCUCACUGUGGAUCACCUGAAGCAAAACAACACGGCGAAGCUGGUGAAGCAGCUUAGCAAGUCGAGCGAGGACGAAGAGCUCCGCAGACUGGCCUCCAUCCUCGUCAGCGACUGGAUGGGCGUCAUCCGCUCCCAGAGCAGCGCGCAGCCUGCAGAGCGAGACAAGAAAAAGCGGAAGGAGGAGAGUAAGAGCAAAGCACCUGUCCAGGAGAAGCCUCAGGAGGCCAAGGCAGAAGCCAAGGCUGAGGAGACACCGGAGAAGAAGAGAGAGAAGCCAAAAUCGCUACGCACCACAGCACCCAGCCAUGCCAAGUUCCGCUCCACUGGGUUGGAAUUGGAGACUCCCUCACUGGUUCCUCUAAAGAAGAACCCCAACGCUGUAGUGGUGUCUGAAAAAUACAACCUGAAGCCGAUGCCAAUAAAGAGACAGAGCACGUCCGCCCCCUCUGGAGACAACCCACCAGUAGAGAAGAAAUACAAGCCUCUGAACACCACCCCCAACAGCACCAAGGAAAUCAAAGUCAAGAUCAUCCCCGCGCAACCAAUGGAGGGCUUGGGCUUCCUGGAUGCCCUUAACUCUGCCCCCAUCCCAGGGAUCAAGAUCAAAAAGAAAAAGAAAGUCUUGUCUCCUACUGCAGCCAAGUCGAGCCCGUUUGAAGGGAAGCCAGCCCCAGAAGCGAGCACUGCUAAACCAUCCUCGCCAGAACCCGCUACUGCAUCCGAGCCGAUGGAGGUGGAUCGGCCCGGCACUCCUGUGCCGGCAGUAGAGGUCCCAGAGCUGAUGGAGACAGCCUCGUCCGAGCAGAACUCUGACGCCAAGCCACCCGAGAGUGCCGCUGACUCCACUCAACUUACCAAGAAGGGCAAGAAGAAGAAGACAGUGAGCUGGCCUGAAGAGAGCAAGCUGCGGGAGUACUUCUACUUCGAGCUGGAUGAGACUGAGCGAGUCAACGUGAACAAGAUCAAGGACUUUGGCGAGGCAGCCAAGCGGGAGAUGCUGAAGGAUCGGGAGGCCUUUGAGACGGCACGCCGGCUCAGCCACGACGCCAUGGAAGAGAAGGUGCCCUGGGUUUACCCCAAGCUCAUCGACCUGCCUAACCCUCUGGUGCAGCCAGGCAAUGGCAGCCGCGAGAAGUUCACCCAGGCCGAGAGGGAAAAGGGCAUCCUGCAGGAGAUCUUCCUGUCCAAGGAGAGCGUUCCAGACAGUCCCCACGAACCCGACCCGGAGUCCUACGAACCCCUGCCGCCCAAACUCAUCCCGCUCGACGAGGAAUGCACCAUGGACGAGGCCGCCUACCAGGAAGGACUCGACCCAGCCGCCGCCUCGCAGUCUCCCGAUGGAGCCGGGGCCUCCAAGCUGCCCCCAGUGCUGGCCAACCUGAUGGGGAGCAUGGGGGCCGGCAAGAGCCCUCAGGGCCCCAACCCCAGCUCCUCCAUGAACGUGCAGGAGAUCCUCACCUCUAUCAUGGGCGGGCCCAACAACCACAAGACAGAGGAGCUAAUGAAGCAGCCGGAUUACUCGGACAAGAUCAAACACUUGCUUGGCAACCUCCAGACACAGCCCCCGGGGCCCUCAGGAGUGCCCCACGGGCUGCUGGGCCCAGGGCCCCUCGCCAAUGGAUUCCCACCUGGACCAAAGAACAUGCAGCAUUUCCCUCCCGGGGGGCCAGGACCCAUGCCUGGUCCCCACGGUGGCCCUGGGGGUCCCAACAUGCCCCCAGGUCCUGGCAUGCCUGGCGGGCCCAGGAUGAUGGGCCCUCCACCUCCCCAGCGAGGCGAGUUCUGGGAUCCCCCUGAUGGCGGCAUGCGGGGAAACCCCCACGGGGGUAUGCGAGGGGGUGGCCCCGGCCCGGGGCCUGGACCAGGCCCUUUCCACCGGGGACGAGGCGGGGAGCCCCCCUUCCGGGGACGAGGAGGCGGCGGGCGCAGCGGCGGCCCCCCCAAUGGCAGAGGCGGGCCCCCUAACAACGGCAUGGGUGGAGGAGGCGGCCACGGCGGCGGCGGCCAUGGUGGAGGCCACGGAGGCCAUGGUGGAGGCCACGGCAGGGGCCACGGCGGCCAUGGUGGGGGCCACGGAGGCGGCGGCCAUGGUGGGGGCCACGGAGGCGGCGGCCAUGGAGGUGGCCACGGAGGAGAUCACGGCAGAGGCCACCCAGGGGAUCACGGCCGGGGUCAUGGUGGAGGCCACGGAGGAGACAUGUCGAGCCGCCCCGUGUGUCGCCACUUCAUGUUGAAAGGCAGCUGCAGGUACGAGAACAACUGUGCCUUCUACCAUCCCGGAGUGAAUGGGCCGCCCCUGCCGUAGCGCCUGGGGCCCUCCCUCCACCCCGCCGACACCCCGUGAAACCGCCCAACACAGCUGCCCCCCCCUUCACGGACUCUGGGGUGCCCGCUGUCGGACUUGGGCUCUGAAUCCACCAUUUAUGGCUUCUGUGAGGCCUUGUAACGCCCAGGGGGGAGGAGCAACCCCCCCCACGGCUGCUGCUACUGAGGAACCACUGCGGCGGGGGGAAUUUCCCCCCCGCCACUCCGCUCCCUCCUGUGUUGUUUUAAUCUGAUGGAGGCGCUGAUGGGACCUGACUCUGCGCCCCCCAGUGACUUUUUGCAAGCACAAGAGCUGCUGUCUGCUCUGGGACCUGGGGGCGAGGGGGGGCAAAGUGGGUUGUUACCACUGUGUGUAUCUCUGUGGAACCAGCAAAGGUGUAAAGAGGGCGUUGCCCAGCUGCCCCACCCGGCUCCGGGCUGUGAUCUGUCCGCGGGUUCGCCAGCUGCAGACCUACUCUGAAGACAUUUUGCCUGGGGAGCCUUGGCCCUGAGGUGCAGCCGGCCACCCCAUCCGGCUCCCCCAGAAAUACUGCCUUCCCGGGGCACGUGGCCAGGAGACUUCUCCCUCCAUCUGGCAGCAGCAGGAUACCAGUCCUUCUGUUGGGGAGGAGAGGGAUCCCUUAACCACUGCCCCCCAUCCACUGAGCAAAGGGGGUGCUUGUUAACUUCACCCCCUCCAUGGGGUCAUCCCCCCCAUGUGUGUGAACAAGUGAGAUCAGAGCUUCUCCCCUUGCUGUAAAUACCCUUCCCCAUCCCACUGACGACUGCAGACACGUGACUCCCCUUGGUGCUAGCGAGUCGUUGGAAGUGGGGGGGACAUGAAGCUGUUUUCUGUGAAAACGGAUGGACUUUAUUGCUGUUGGCAUCUGGGGGCUUGGUUUGUUUCCUUUCCAUUGUUUUAUUUUUUUACGGUCUCUCCCUGAGACAUGGACUGUCCUCCCCCCACCCCACCCCACUGGUGCAGCCUCCCCCUUUUGUUUUGUAUAUUUUGUACAUUAGUAAUAAACAUGGUGAUUAAAAAAAUGGAUCAUCUAAUUUAA